CCUUGAACCGCGAGUUUGUACCGAUCGCUUCUCAGAUCCUAGCUAUCUUCACGAAUUCUCCGUGUAUACUUCGAGACCAGAACACUGCUUCGCGUCACCUCGCACAUACGCGAUGCCAAGCACACCACGGAAGACGGCGCCUCGCGUGACUGGCGCGGUCCCUCUCGAACCUGCAGCGCGAUCCAAGGCGACAACGAAGAUACAGGCGCCUGUUCAGCUACUACUCGUGACGCUGAUCAGCUUCUCAACAAGCUACAUUUUGUUCCAGUCUCUGGUCUAUCCUCUGACGCGCGGCGAACUUUCGAGCGUGAGCAAGCACUCCAACGACGAAACGGACUACCUCAUCUUCCCAGCUCUCAGGGUCGCAGAGCUAGCGAUAGGAUGGCUUGCUGGAUUUGAUGACUACGAUAUGGCCUCGCUUGCCUUUCAAACGCGCCUUCCGUACUAUUUUCUCAUCACAACAUUCUAUUCCAUCUCGCAGCAAACAUGCCUUGUCGCCCUCCUCGCAGAUGUCGUGAGCGCUGCCCUUCCCUUCACCCUCCUCCGAUCCCGCAUCCCCGCGCAUAGCUCCAAGGCACCUCGAGGCUCUCUAGCAAACCGUUCUAUUGUCCAGAACUUCACCCUGAGCAUCCUAGUGACACUUUUCGCGGCCUCCGUGUACGGCGUCAUCUUGUACGUGAGCUACAAUAGCUGGCUCCCUGUCUACUUAGCUGCCAACUUCGACGGCGUACGAACCUUCGAGGUAGCGCAUAAUUCGCAGCUUCCUGCUCUGGUAAUCACGUUCUUCCCUCUUGGUUGGACAGCCAAGAUUCUGCUCUUUGCGCCCAGCACCGGCGCUCAGCCCAGCCCGGGAGAUGUCAAGAUCGAGGCCUUUGACCCAGAGACUGCGAGCUUGACAGAGCAUCUCAGCUUCAAUGUGUGGGGUUGGAAGAGCGGGACGAAAGUCAUGAUCAAGAGGACAAUUGUGCUAGCGGCAAGCGUAUUUUUCGCAACGUGGAUCAAGACAUGGAAAACUCUCGAAGGGAGCGAUAAGCUCGGCUCUGCGGGAUGGGCUGCACUUUGGGCUUUGGCAAGUGUGUUGAAUGGUGCGUUGCUGAGAUGGGUCGGUGAUGUAUGAUGUUAUGUCAAGAUCCAAAAGGAGGGUAUGUUUCCACAUUGUGUCAGCUGGUAUAGAAGGGCCCCGUGUGGUGUAGCCAUGACUUUGCCUUGCAUUGAGUUGAACAGCGAAUUGCUUUUUUGCGUCUAUUUAUUCUGCGCGGCAGUGUCCUGUUGAUACUGUCAAUGACUAUUUACCAUCAAAGCGCAACAUUCUCACCAUAUAUACUUGGUAGUCUCUCCACACUACCUUUCCCG